AUGUCUGACCUUCUCCAAAUCCACGUGCCCAAGACCUCCUACAAGGCCGGAGAUGACGUUUCGGGCUCUGUCUAUCUUACCAACAGGAACGGCCAGAGAAGAGACGUUGAUAUCGAGUCGAUAUCAAUAACCUUCACAGGCCGUCUAUCACCUACGAAGUACUGGCCUCGUGUUCCCAAAUCCAUCCAAGUGUUCGCUUACAAGAAGAUACUCUUGGCUGGACCUACAACUCUGCGCAUUCCUCCAAUUGGCUGUGAAGAUCAACAUAGCUGGCCUUUUACCUUCAGCGUCCCCGUCGACUGUAAUGCAGUCCAACAUGAUGGCCCUCCGGCACCUCCUGUCUCCGUCUUCAACACUGAUCAUAACCAGCCUCUUCCUCCCUCACUUUCAAUAUUCUCAGAUGAGAACACUCCACGCGACGCUGUUUCAAUUGUCUACGAGCUUCAGGCAAUGAUUGAUUCGCCGUCCACGACAGGGUCUUACCCCGCUAGCUGUAUCAAGAGGCUGGGACUUAGCCUUUACGCCCCUAGGAACAAGGAACAAGCUGGUCUUGAAUGCACUUACAAGAUCCAGCGUCUUACUUGCCAGACUUUGGAUCUCUUUCCUGAGGAAAACCGGGAACUAGCAAAGCGUCCGCUCAGGCUGCGGGAGAAGCUAGGUUUUCGAUCAGUACCCACCGACCAUCUUCCCAAAGCCGUAUUCGAUGCAAAGCUUCAGACUCUAUCCUCUGCAAUCAUUGGCGCACCUCUGCCGAUAUUCCUCCACCUUGACUAUGACGUCGGAAGCUCGACACUCAGAGUCCCGCCAGCAGUUUACCUCAAAAAGGUGGCUGUGUGGUUGCGAGAGGACACUUCAAUGCUUGUACCGAAGCCAGGCCCAGUUUCCGGAGAGCAGGAGCAGGCCGGCUGGACGAAAGCGCCUCAACUUGCUGCGCAGGACUUGGACACAGGGAUUCCGUUGGUGAAUGGCUUCUUGGACAUGCGAAAGAUCAUAGACUUGACGUUAAAGGAUGAUCUGAUUCCGACAUUCAGAACUUUCAACAUAGCACGCUCCUACGAAACCAAGGUCAAUGUGACCCUCGAAUGUGCUGGGAAGAUUUUCUUUAUCUACGGCAACUACAACCCUUGCACGCUACUAGCUAAGCAAUUCGAUCCUGACGUCCGGCAAUACGCGCAGCCAGCUGCGCCUGCAGUCAUAAUAAAUGAAAUUGAUGAUCCUCCACCCCCGUAUGAACCGGUUGAACAACCAGCUGCUCAACCUCAAUCCAGUCACGGCAACCAAAGCAGAAGAAGGAAGAAAAGAAGACAUCACGGUGCCUUCCAGAACAUGUCAUCUGCUGGUGGUGGUGGUGGAGGACGCAGAGGCCAAGCUCAGGAAAUCGGGCUUCAGAUCAGUCCGAAUAGUUAUCGAGUCGUCAUGGAAGACUUCAACUGUGAAUGUUUGACGACAAAAUUUGCCGUGCUUCUAUACGCAUCUACUGCGCAAAGAAAAGGCUUCGUGCUUGACCGAUACGCAAAGUCAGCAAAGCGACGCUCUGCACCGCAUGUCUUCUGCCACGGUCAGAGCGCGACCUCCUGCUCCUCAGAAUGGCGACGGUCCAUCGACAACAGAAGGUACCAAGCCCUGGCAUCACUCAAAAUUUGUUGA